CACGCAUCAGCUGUUGUGUUGGCUUCUCACAUUUGCACAAGCUCACCGGGCAUUUAAAAGCUGUGCACAAUACAGCCUCCGCAGCUUCUACUACCUUAGUGUUCCAAGAGUACAUGUACCUGUGGGACAAUGAGUAAGGUACGAGCGUACCUAGAAAUAGUUGGCCUGAGGAUAACUUCUCAACGUUAUCAUGCCCAUCUGAGCCAUUGGAUGCCAAAAUGUUGAGACAAUCCAAGCAGGCCAGGCCUGUUGGAGGAAGCGACAAGGUGGAGUGCGGGGUACAGUGAUGUCAGAGCCUAGAACCACCCGCGCUCCUCCAUCCCACUGGAUCCAGCCCCCAUCGUCCCCUUUCUGUGUAGCCUCUGCAAACUGCAUCACAAACAACCUAUAUACGCCAAAACAGUCCGUACCAUGGCUGCCGAACCUCCCAAACCCGAUCCUGCAAAGGCGAUCGAAGCCAUCCGCGAAGCACGCCCGCCCGCGACCGACCGAUUCACGUACCUCACUAUCGUCGAGACGAACCUCUGCCCCGAAGUGCUCCCGACUCUCAAUGAGGUGCUCCAGGAUCCGGGGCUCACACAGGAAAUAGGGUGGGACUUGGUGUUCAACCUCGUUAGCCUGCCAGGCUCCGAGGAGUGUCUCGAAACGGUCGCGCGGCUGGGUAACCCUCGGGAAGUGAUCCUCAAGGUGCUCGAGACGCUGGAGUUGCUAGAUAGCGAAAACGGAGAGGACAAUGAAGAUGGAGAGGAACAAGAGAAACCCGAACCGGCUGUCUCGCCAACCAACAAGUUCAUCACCCUCCUCGGCAUGCUCGCCAUUCUGCACAAGCGCAUCAAGACCAAGUACCCCAGCCGCUUCCUCGCGCAGACCCUACACACCGUCUACCGCACCUACCGCCCCACCCAGGAGAGGACGGCAUCCGUUCUCAACCUAGUGCACAGUCUGUCCGGCCAGCGGCGGCCCCCACUCCCGAGCCGGAAGUCCAGCGUGAACGUGGCCAAUCCGGACCAGACCGGCGACGCUUCCAAGAAUGCCCCCGACCCGGAGGCGGACCGGGACGACCGCGAGGACCCGGACGAGACCGACCUGCAGCAGAAGCAGCUGUUGAGCUUCGCGACAUGCAUCCUAGAGGCGUACGCCAACGGGAACGAGAUGGCGUGGGCGGCCCGCCUGCUCGAGUUGCAGGCACUCAUCGGCGACCUCGGCCUCGACUCAUGCUCCAAGGCCUUCAUCCACCAGGUCUGCGACGGCCCGAUGCACAGCGAACCUCUCGAAGAACCAGACCUCUCCAGCCCGGACAAGAUUGCUCUCUCGACCGGCGGCUGCGUCUGCCUGGUAGCCUACUGGGCCUUUUCGUCGACCGUUUUCGACGCCACCCACCCGCAGCCCGAAAUGCAUGUCUUCCCAGAGCACUUCGCCGUGCUCGACAAGUUCCUCCAAGACGACGCACACUCCCAGAUCCAAAACUCGGUCGGCACCAUCGAGGCCCUCAUCACGAUCGGCCUCUGGCUCGAGUCUAACAACCUCGUCUCCACGAACCCGUCCUCCCCGCUCGCCAACCCGGCCGCUUCGCCAGAAGAUCCGACCUCGGACUUCAUGCGCUACAUCCACCUGACAACGCUCAUCGCCCUCUACCACCCCUCCAUACAGGUCCGCAACGCAGCGAGCGUGCUGGCCGGCCUGGUGCUGCACGCCAACCCAGAAGACGACGACCGCCUCAAAAUCCUGGAGGACCUGCUCGAGAACUGCAUGUUCGCGACGCUCAAAGCGCGCGCCGUCGCCUGGCUGCGCGAGGAGCUGCUGGCGGCGGUACCUUCCGCACAAAAACAACAACAACAACAACAAAAACCACCACCGAACCUGUUCGCCACCCCGCAGGCGCUCGAAACAGUCCAAUACGUCGUCUUCCCCCCGCUCGCCUCCCUCCUCGACCUGCCCACGCUCGGCCUGGUCGAGUACCUGACCGCGAACGCACCGUUCCUGAUGCAGGCCGUCAACUUUGCCCUCUUCCUCUGGGGCUCCUCGUCUUCGGGGGCGCCGGAGACCGAGAGCAGGUGGAAGCAUGUCCUGCCGGCGAACAUGGAGGCCACUGUUCGGGAGCGUUGGCUGGAGCCGUUGAGGGAGGUGGUUGAGAGGGUGGAGAGUGAGCGGGAGAGUGGGGAGCUGGGGAAGGAAGGGGUGGAGUUGGGGCCGUUGGGCGGGGAGUUGGAGGUGCUGAGGGAGAGGAUGGGGCGGUUGUGGUUUCGGGGGAGGGAUUAGGGAGUGGUUAGGGAGGGGUUAGGGUGAGGUUUAUGUGUCGUUGUUAAGGGGGUUGGCAUGAGGUUUCUUUUCUGUGUAUGUGGAUGGUCUUGGGAGAAUAGUUAUGGAGGGGAGGGGGAGGGGGGUUGGUUCCAUCGAUUCAGAAGCAGUGGGUUGACACAAGAGAUGUGAUAUAUUGCCGCUACAAGGGGCAAUCAAAGUAACUAUCAAGAUGGUCUUGAGAUAGGCAGGCCUUCAAAACUAUCACCCUCCAUCUGUCGAGA